AUGGCGAUCCUACAACGUCGGCUGUGGAAAAAUCAUCGACAAACAGCUACCAACAGGUUGUUAUAAAUAUUUUUUUCAUAAGGAAAGAUUAAAAAUGCAGACUUAAAGUAAGGAAAAAAGGGACAGGCGAACACAUUAAAAUACCUUUUUUUGUUCUCAGUUGCACUCUCUCGUGUGGCAAAAACUUUCCGUACAAUAACGCGAGGACAGAUAUAUUUUAACUCUUACUAUCAACAUAGCUGUUUUAUAAUUUCACAGUAUGCGCAGACUUUUGCGGAUACAUUAUCGUACGCAUCCCACAAGACACUUAGGACAACAACAUAAUCAGAGCGUGACAAAGUAAGAUAAAGACGCAAGUGUGAACCAUUUGUCACAAUGUUUUCUUUUUUGGUUUCAGCUGCAACAGCUUCUGUGGUAAUUUUCAAGAGAAAUUUUCAGCCGGCGACUUCUUGGAUGUUGGUAAAGAAAGAUGUCCAGCAUUACCUCUUGAGUCUUCUAAAAAUCAAAACUUUUCUAAAGGGCCAGAGGAGGCAGAAUUUGAUCCAGGUCUUUUCCAAUGUCCUAACGAAGGAUGUGUUAAAAGUUAUCAGAGUUUUUCAGCCCUUGAAAAGCAUCUGUCUUUUGGAAAGUGUGAAAUGCAUGUAGAAAGAGUCACCCUUCUUGACCAGGCGAGGCAAAUGUACCACGCCAACCUAACAGAAGGAACAAGCCAAGACGUAACAAGCCAUUGUGCUGAAGCUUCUGUUCCAGAAAGCGUAGUAAAUACCAGUCAAAUUGUUAAAGGGUGGGCGUUAAAGCAAACGAAAAAAUCUGGACGACUCAGCGAAUCACAAAAGGGGUAUCUUGACGAAAAGUUUAAAGUCAGUCAGAAAACAGGUCACAAACAGGAUCCAGCUUCCGUAGCUCACGACAUGCGUUACGCCAGAACUGCUGAGGGUUAA